UGAGGGGCGGGGGCGCCGGGCCCGAGCGGGGCCGGGGCUCCGCUGCUGGGACGGUCCAGGAGGCACAGGGAUCCGGGGAUCAGGGGUCCAGCCCGCGGCCAGGGCCGAGACGGGCUGCUUGGUUCUCCUCGGACCGUGGCACUCAACAGCUAGAUGUGAAAGCUCAGCGGUGCUGAUGGAGAGGUGCGAUGGAUGCCUGCGCUCCGACAGCCUGAGCGGUGCCUCGGCUCAGGCAUCGCCCGCGGGCCGGCCGGGCUGAUCCGCUGGCAGCCAUGCGAGCCCGCAUCUCCUCAGGGACCGGGGCUCCCGGGCCAUGUCCUGUCAGCACGUAGCAGCAGCAGCAGCCCGAGCUGGGGCCACACGCACUGAAGCUGCCGCAGCCACGUGGGUGCACCAGCGCCGGGCAGUGUUUGGCUGCCGGUCCCUCACCCUGCCCUCCCAGAGCCUGCGGCCGCCUCCAGCCACUGAGCUCUGCUGCUCCCCUGCUGCUGGGCCCGGCAGCAGGAGCAGCUCUCCAGGUCACUCCGCAGGGCUGAGAGACUCUUUACCAGUGUCUGGUCUCUACAGCGAGGGUCUGAGGGACACCUCAAAGCAAGGCUGGUGUGUCCUGUUGUGCCUGGCUCACUUUGGGUGUCGUGCUCAGAUGUCGUGCCCAGAGGAACUGGAUGCCCUGGCAGAUGUGGAUCUGCUUGACUUCCUUCUGAAGGAUGAUGCUCCCUGCCCUGAAAUCCCCGGGGAGCAGAAUGGUCUGCUGGAAGACUGGGGCCUGCCAAUGCCUGAGCUCCUGGACAAGGAGAUGGAUGACUUCAUCAGCUCACUGCUGAGCCCUUUAGAAGGUGAACCAGACAGGCUCAGUUAUUUGCCUGCCAACAAUGACAGCAGCAUUUCUGAGGAUCAGCACGUGUCCCAUUGCCUUGGUAGCAAUUUUGCCAGCCGAGACAUUGUGCAGGUUGAUCAUAACUACUCCCUUCACCAGGACUGGCCUGCACUGGAAAGUGUGAGGUCUGACAUGACCGAAGGAGAUGUUACCAUUGAGCUAGGGGCAUGGGUGGGUUUGGAAUGCUCAAGCGAGGCACUGGAACAGAGCACCACUUCGCCCAUUGCCGUUGCUGUGGAAGAUGAACCCCAGCUUGUGCCUGGAGCCAUGGUACAGUCUGACUUCCCAGAGCUGGUCCUGACAGAGGAGGAGAAGCAGCUUCUGGAGAAAGAAGGUGUUACAUUACCAACCUGUCUGCCACUGACCAAAGCUGAGGAGCGAGUUCUGAGGAAGGUGCGUCGUAAGAUUCGGAACAAGCAGGCGGCUCAGGAUAGUCGUCGCCGGAGAAAGAUCUAUGUGGAUGGCCUGGAAAACAGGGUGGCAGCUUGCACAGCUGAAAACCAUGAACUGGAGAAGAAGGUGCAGCAGCUGCAGAAGCAGAACAUGUCACUGCUCAGGCAGUUGCAGAAACUGCAGGCCUUGGUGGGACGGUCCGCCCCCAAAACUACCAGAAGAAAAACCUGCACCAUGAUCGUGGUUCUGUCCUUCUGCCUCAUUCUGUCCCCCAGCAUCCGUUUGCCCGGGAGCGUAGAGCCACAGCGGGAGCUCAAGGUGCUGUCACGGCAGAUCCGCGAGUUUCCCAACCAAGGAGCACCUGAUGUGCAGCACGACACUGAGCUGGAGGGCUUCAGCCCUGACCCUGGAGACUCCUUGCUAUCGGGCAACCUCAGUCAGUCAUGGGAAGAGGGGCAGAGUCCACUUAACUCCAGUCCCAGAUCUUUCAACAGCAACUCAUCCUCUGAUCCUCCAGCAGCAGCCGGCUCCAAGCCAGGCCCGCCCCAGAGUGACCCUUUGCCAGCAGCAGUGCUGGUGCCAUGGAAAUCCAAGGGUCAGGAGUGGGUAGAACACUCUGACAGAGUUCUCAUUCAGCAGCACCAUGCCAAUGAGAUGUGACCAGUGCUGCAUCCUGCUCCUUGGGAUGAUACUGGGCAUCCCGUGGAGCAGGGACAGAGUUGCACUAACAGAUUAUCUAUCCAAGCAGUUUCUUCUCAAUACUCUCCUCAUUGCCAGCAACUCAGAGGGUUUACCAGGGAGGAAUCAAUCUGACAUUUUUUAUCAGACUCCAUCUGAGAUGGGACAGGAAAUUCUGAGAACUUCACUAUGCCUGCUGAUGUGGCUACCAGAGUGCACCUGGUGGCUUGUGGGGAUGGGCUGUGGCAGGGAGAGUGGAGGCAGUCCGUCUGAGGUGCCAGUACUUGCUCUGACUGGAUGCAGCUGGCAGUGCAGGCCACUGCCCUGCUUCUUCACUGCCCAGCUGGAGAUGAACAGGCACUUCUUAGUCUGUGUUGUGGCCCCAAACAUCUGUUCUAUGUCAGUGCCCUUUAAUCCUACAGUGCUGCCUGAUUUCUAGGUGUGAGGGAGCAAUUUGACCUUCAUUGCUCUCACGGGAGUAGUCCUGCGUGCUGCUGCGACAGACCCAGCAUGUCGCCUGUUCCUGCUAGCUUUUGAGCCAUGGCCACAGCUCCCAGCCUGGCUGGAGAAGGUAAUGCAGAGUCCUUCCUGAGCCAUGUGUGCUGUUUGCCUACCUUAAGGGCUGAGCCUUUCAUCUCCUGCAGGCUUUUGGGCUUCAGGGAGCAGGCAUGCCUUGAGCCAGACUGCUGAGGCAGCAUGUUCAGAGAGCAGCAGAGCUGCUUGCUCCUCUGAAGGCUUUCCUGGCCACAGGACAGUUUCAAAGCCAUGUCCUUGUGUGCCCAAGCCUUGCUGUGCUGGCUGGUGAUGCAGUCAAUGAUUGUGGGUCAAACAGAAACACUUUGAGCUGGUGAGCAGUGUCUUUGCCAGAGUGCAGCUUAGUGGUACCUGUAGAGAUCUCCUCAUCCUACUGCAGGACAUUCCAUAGAGUCAUAUAGAAUGGUUUGGAUCGGAAGGGGCCUCUAAAGGUCGUCUUGUCCAGUUCUCCCUGCAAUGAGCAGGGAUAGCUUCAAAUUGGAUCAGAAUAAUAAUGAAUAGCUUCCUUAUUAAUAGAGUCUAAAUAAAUAUUAAUGGUGUGUGA